AUGGUCUGGCAAGUCGACCUCUCGGGCAAGUGUAUAAUUGUUUCCGGCGGGAACAGGGGUAUCGGUCUGGCCAUUGCGCAACAAAUCGCCCAAGCCGGCGCUCACGUUGCAAUCCUCUACAAGUCGUCGGGGGACGCACCAGAACGUGCCAAGGAGGUCUCGGAGAAGUAUGGUGUUCACUGCGAGGCGUUCCAGUGUGAUGUCAGCGAUCAGAAGGCGGUCCAGGAGUUGGUCGGCAGGAUCUACAAGGAUGUUGGACCGGUCGGAGGGGUAGUGUGCAGUGCUGGCGUGGCUGUCCCAAAGCCGGCGGUCGAGAUGACCAAGGAAGACUUUGAUCAGCAGAUGGUCCCGAACGUCUGGGGAUGCUUCACGGUCGCCCAGGCUGCUGUCAACCUUUGGCAGGAGCAUGGCUACCAGAAUGGCCGGGUCGUCUUUGUGUCUUCCGUCUCCGGCAGCAUAGCCAACAAGGGCGCAAAGCAAUGCUUCUACAACACAUCGAAGGGAGCUCUGAACGCUUUGGCUCGGUCAUUGGCGAUGGAAUGGGCCGAGAUGGGCGUCUUGGUCAACUGUAUAUCACCAGGACCAGUCAACACGGACAUGACCAAGGGUAUGCGGCAGAAUGAUGAGAAGAAGAAGAGCAACGAGGACUCUACCAUGCUUGGACGGUUCAGCGAGCCAGAGGAGCAGGCUGGCGCAGUCGUCUACUUCCUGUCGGACUACUCGACAUAUACAACCGGAACAGAGCUGAGGAUCGAUGGAGGUAUGACCGCUUGGUGA